CUACGAUUGUUUUCAUUGCUCCAGGAGAGGAGACUCCUAGGAUGUUACUCUGAAUAAGGACGUCAAAAGUGCGAAGUGACUAGAUGGGAGCCAAGGCGGAAAACUAGGGAAUGGGAGAUAAAGCGGCCUCGUGAAUAGGAAUGCCUGCCCAAGUAUCAGAAUUGGAGAUCAUGGAUGAAGAUCAAAUAAUUGAAGAAGUCUUGGAUAAGUUUGUUAAUUGUCAUGAGCAAACAUAUGACGAAUUUCUGAGCACUUUUACUCAUCUUUCAAAAGAGGAUAAUGUGACCAAAAGAGAAGCAUUCGGGACCAAUUCUUCAGAAAGCAUACAUACUUCAGUUCAAUAUUCUCAUGAAAAUGAACCAAAUAAUCACUGCUUUAGCAAUAAAGCCAUUUUUCUUCGUACUUCAUCACAGUGUUCAGAAGAGGAGCAGAUAGUGCUGGAUGAAGGCCAGAGCGUUGGCAGCUCCUUCCAAGGGGAUCUGAAUUGGGCUGGAAAGGUGAAGGUAGAUAAUUUCCUAGCAAUAGAAGAUUUGGAUAUGGAUGAAGAGAUUAAGCCUCAGAUGAGCAAGGGCUGGCUGCUGCUGCCCGGAGAAGUGGAGCAGGACGUGAGCGCCCGUGUCCCUUCUUACAGCCCCUCCGCGGCCCGGCCCCUGACCCUGGGAGGGAAGCCAAGGCCCACGGUGAAAGCAGUGGACAAACAAAGGGAUGAGAUACUCGGGGAUGAAGUUCAGCCCUUCCGACUUGAUGAUGAGUUUGAUUAUGACUCCGUGAUGCUAACGCCCAAGUUCACGCCUGCUGAGAUAGAUGCCAUCAAAGAACUGUCCAAGCAAAAGCCAGAGAAAACCAACACAGACUUGGAGGAAGCCCAUGACUGAUUCACCAAGACAGCUUCCUGUUUUUCAUUUUGUUCUUAUUCAAGCAACAAUAGAAUAAAAGAUAGACCUCCUGUAAUCCCCUUUGUGGAAAUCCAUGUGCGCAUUGAUUUAUCAGAGUUAUUUUUCUGUCGGGAGAUGCUCCUAACAAGGCCACCGAGAGUGCUACCCUCACAGGGCUCCGCUCUGUCAUGUUGACACUGCAGCCCGUGGUUGGUAGGGGCUGAUGGCAGUGGCAAACAGGGACAGAAAGGGUCCGUUUGGAGGAGAGCACUGCAACUAGGUAAUGCGGGGUGUUGAAACGAAGGUUGGAAACACCGCCCACCUUUUUGGGGGAGAAGGACAGUUGCAUGUGCACAACACGUUUUAGCACAUAGAGAAGAACCGAUGGCGUGGGGAGGUCGCUGGCCCCAGCCGUCCAGACAUGUUGAGACGAACCAGAAUGCUGAGAGGCUGGGCUUCUAGGAUUGACUGGGAAAGGUUUCGCUGACAAGGAAGGCCUCUGUGAAUUGAUUAUACGUCGUAUAUUAAAUACUUGUACUUUGUUAUUACCAUUGUGAUGAUAGUUACGAAGUGCAAAUAAGGAUCUCUAUGUGCAAAAGCUUAAAAUACAAUUUGAAAAGGGAAGACAUAGGGGAAACAGCUAGAGAAUGUAAAAACAUAUUGUGAAGCGCUAAUUGUAUAGAGCUCCCACAAAUGCAUUGAGGAAGACAAUAGAUGGAGGAAGGCACAGGUGAAGAGGAAAGAGUGCAUAUGCAGUAAUUUUUAUUAUUGAAGGAAUCAGUAACAUAUCAAAUAUACUUAGUUUUAAUGAGUUUUUGUACAAUCCUGUGCUUGUGUGUGUGUGUAUGUAUGUAUUUAUAAAAAUGGCCAUUUAGAUUCCUUACAAAAAAAUGCUCUUGAUUUAACAUUAUGAUAGAAUCCGAGUUGUUUCUACAUCUAUUUUUCUUUAUCUAUUCAAGAAACUUUCAUAAAACAGCCUUUAAUUGCCAAGACAAUGGGGAGGAUAGAAGUGAAUUAGACAUGGUCUGAUUCUGUGGGGAAGACAGAUGUAUAUGCACAAGUAAUUAGAGCAGAUGUACGCUGUCCAAUAGAAUAGUCACUAGCUGCAUGGGCUACCGAGCACUUGAAAUGUAGCGUGUGAGAGGAACUGAUUUUUAAAUGUUAAUUUUAUUUUAAUUUAAAAUAAAAAGUUGAUAUUUGAUGCAGUUAUUAUAAAACCUUCAGGUGCAUUUGGAAUACUUGGGUUUGUGCAUCUAUACUGUUUCAGCUGUAAAUUUUAUGACAUCUACAUACAAAUCAAUUAUUUUUGAUGACAACUUAGUGUCUAAAUUUAAAAUAUGCUACAAAUGUGAAAUAGACAUUGGAUUUCAAAGGCUUAGUAUGAAAGACUAUAGACUGCCUUGAUAUAUUUUUGCAUUAAAUACAUGUUGAAAUGAUAAUAUUUUGGAUAUGCCUGGUUAAAUAAAAUAUUAAAAUUCACCAAUUUCUUUUUACCUUUUAAAUGAGGCUCCUGGAACAUUUACAAUUCUGCAUGUGGCUUGUGUAUUUUUCCUUGCAGCUCUGUAGUAGAGAGUAAACUGUUGUGAGAGUCACAUGUACUGGGAGCUCCCGGGGCAAAGCAAGUCGGAGUGAUCAUGCCGUGGAGAGCUGGGGAGUCUUCACAGAGGAGGUGGCAUUUGAGCUUGGUCAGGAAGAAAUCAGGAAUUUUUGAUUUCUAAUAGUUUUGCAAAUUAUUAGAAUAGCUUGUCCGGGGAGAUGAUAGGAGCCCACAUUAAAGCAGUGUGGGUGGAAGUGGAAGGGCAUGGAUCUGCUUAGAGAUUUGGACAUAGAACUAUCAAGGGUUGUUGAUUGACACAAUGUGGGAAUGGGAGCAGCUGGGAGG